AUGUUUGAGAGAAUGAGUGGAGUGGUUGAUGUUAUCAUCCCUGGAUAUGAGGAAGAUUUCAAUUGGUAAGCAAUGUUGAUUUCCCUCCACUAUCGCAAAAUUUUUGAAUUCAAAUGUUGAGUUGUUCUUUAGUUUUUGCCUAUAAAAGGCUAUUGCCUCUCUUCGAUAUCGUGUACAUCAUUCUCUACCCCCAUCUCUUCUCUGUCUUUCUGCUCUCUUUUCUGUUGUUUGUUCUUUGUUGAGUUUGUUCUGCCUUUCGUAAGUGUGAUAUUGUGAGAUUUGAUUGUUUGCAAUGAGUCCUCCUUUUGAUCCUAUCAGUAAGAUCGUUCCUCCACGUGAGGCCUGGAGGAUCAAAGUUAGGAUACUAAGGGCUUGGACUGUACCUAGCUUUGGUAAUGCAGAUGUUCCAAAUUCAAUGGAACUUAUUCUGGUUGAUGAAAAUUCUACCAAAAUCCAGGCCACUAUAAGGAAGCAACUAAUCCACAAGUUUAAAGAUCAUCUUCUUGAAGGCAGUUGUUAUAAGAUGAGCUAUUUUGCUGUUGUUUCAAACCAAGGUUCUUAUAGAGCUACAAAGCAUGAGUUCAAACUCAUUUUUCUGUUUCGUACAACAGUGACAACAAUUCCUGAUGAUAUAAUACCCAAGUCUUGUUUUUCUAUAUAUCCCUUUGAAGACAUAUUGCAAAUGAGUCAGGAUCAUGACUAUUUAGUUGAUGUAAUUGGUCUUUUGACAUUGGUUGGGGAAGAGAAAAACUAUGACAGGGAUGGUAAAACGGUUAAGAUGGUGGUUGUCGAACUUUCUUCACAAAAGAUGAUGCUGCGAUGCACAUUAUUUGGAGAGUACGUGGACCAGUUAAAUGAUUUUCUUGCUUCUGGUUAUGUUGAGCAACCGGUUGUCAUUGUUCAACUUGCUAAGAUUAAACUUUUUCGAGGUCAACCUAGUCUCCAGAAUGUUAUGAAAGCAACAAAAAUUUACUUUAAUCCUGAUUUGUCAGAAGUUAUUGAUUUUCGAAAAAGCAUGGUCGAACAAGGGAUUAAUGGCACUCAACCUUUAUUCAUUGCGAAUGAGGGAAAAUCUGUUUCAUUGGAGGAUGACUUCAUGCGCUUAACUAGGCGAUCCACAAUAGAUCAAUUACAUGAUAACAAAGAGGAUGGGAGUUUUGUUAUUAUGGGUACUAUCACUGAUAUUGUUGAAGAGGGUUGUUGGUGGUAUUCCACUUGUGUGUGUGAAAAGGCAGUUUAUCCUGAGUCUGGGGUCUAUUUCUGUGAUGUUUGCAUGCAUCAUGUGACAAAUGUGAUUCCAAGGUUCAGACUUAAAGUAGCAGUUUCUGAUCAUACUGGACAGGGCAUAUUCGUUUUGUUCGAUCGUGAAAUAGCUUAUUUGCUUAAAAAAGCAUGUGCUGACCUUUUUAAUGAAGUCCAAAAGGAGCCAACUGUUCUGUGUGGAGAUAGCUAUCCUAUUACAUUUAAAACUUUAGAGGGUAAAAAAGUUUUACUAAAAGUAGAUACCAAGUCCCUUGGUAUAGACAAAUACUUUGGAACCUUUCGUGUAAAAAGGAUUUGUGAUGACCCAACUAUUAUUUCUAUGUUUGAGCUUGCUGAGAAUGAGAACGAAGUGACACCUGUCAAGGAUGCAUGUGUUCCUGGGAUUGGUUUGGACAUAGGUGAACCCUCUUAUACACAGCCUACCUCAAAAGAUGUUAAGCUUUCAGUCUUGGAUAAGGAUGAAAGUGUUCCUGGUCUUGAUGACAUUUCGAUAGAUAUGGACACUAAUAGGAAAUCUGUUGUUCCUCAAGUUUCUGGCGAUGAUGAUGAGAAUCAGGUCUUUAGUGAUGAAGUUGGCUCAUUGCUCAACUCAGGUGUUGAAGAAACUCAGGACUUCCUAUCUCAUCUUCUGGAUAAUUCGGACAACAUUGAUGUUUCUUCUAUUUGCAAUGAUGGUGUGCGUUCCAAAGUGAAGAGAAACCUUGAAUCAGAUUUUCGGAAAGCCUUGGAGGAAACUGUUGGUCCUUCAUCAAAGAUGAUCAAGGUUGAAGAUAAUUAGGAUGGAUAGUUAUUUAGCUGAAGUUAGCAGCUUUAAUAGGGUUAUAUGACUUAAAUUUCGAAUUAGAUUUCAUAUUUCUCAUGCUGACUUAUAUUUGAAGUGUGUCCUUUUUUUUUUUGAGGAUAUGUCCAACUGUUAGGAGAGUCACAACUUAUCCCUUCAUGUUUUGGUUGGUCUGUUGUAAGUAUUGUUAUGCUUUUUUGAAUUAGGAAGGGUUUGUGUUAAUUUCAAAUGUACUCUGCUAAAGAUUGUACAUAUUGUCAUGUAUUUAGAAGGACAUAGGUUAUAGUCAGAGUGUGGAAUUAUAAUGUCACUUUUGUGAAUGUAAGCAAGCAAGUGUAAUGAAUUUUAUAAUAUUAAUGGAAGGAAAUAGCUCCAU